UACGUGCAACGGGGUGACUGUCGAGGAUGGGUGGUUGUUACGAAAGGACGAUUUCUCUUCCUGCACGACGUAUCGCGCUCCGCCACGCCCCUAUACGGGAUCUAUUUCUACAUUGGGAAAAAGUACUCUCGGAAUAGAGAACGGGGACGCGAAGGAGCGCGCGAGCGAGGGAUGGAAAGGGGCACGGAGUACGGACUGCCGGAAGUAGGUGGACAGAGGGUGGAAGAGACCACGACUGUGAGGGAGGAAAUGCGCGAAGCGAAGCGGAGCUCGCGAGAACGAGGGGGAGAGAAAGAGAGAAUCAGGGUUGCCGUUCUGUUUACGAAGGGCCACGGUAGCGCUCCUUUUUCUUUUUUCUUUCCCCGAGCUUGCGGCGACUUUUCGAUUUUUCCAGCCUUGCCGCUUCAGUCGCGCGCCCCAACUUUCCGUCAAGGAUUUUCGGGGAUUUCGUCCGCGGCCGGAAACAGAAGGGGAGACGAUCCGUUAAAUCGAAUUCUGCUAAUGUGCACGUGGCGGCGGUUCCCCUCCUCGCGAAAAACUCUUUCUGAUUGCACAUCACAGAAAAAUUAGCCGCGUAUCUGCGACGUACCGUCUCGCAGCGCGAUUUCCGGCCUCGAGCAAUCUCGGGAAACCCUCUUUCAGUGAUUUGAAAUUCCCCUCGGCUCCCUUGCUUACGUUGCUCUCCAUAAAUAAGGUAAUUAUAUAGCAAUAACGUUACAAAUCUUUCAUCUUUACAAAGCGUCUUUAUGAACGUCCCGCGUAGAUUUUGCGAUUAAUGUGAAAGUUCCUUUUUAUUUAAUUAUGAUUUAAUUGAAUGUCCCAUUUCCCUCAUCCCUUUAACAUGCAACUUUAAAUACCUCUUUAAUCAAGUUAUAAAUUAAAAUUCUAUUAAGAUAAAAUCAAAUUUGAAUAAGGAACGAGAUUUCGUUAUCAAUUUGCACGCCUCGAGUCUGACUCUCUUAUCGUUAGACGACCAAGUCCCUCAGAUUCUUAAUAAUUCGUAAUUGCAAAACCAUUCGCUCUCCACGAACAAAAGUCUGCUUCCUGGCGAUUAGCUGGAUUAACAGAGCACAUUGGAACGAACGAGUGUUGGGGUCAGUAAGUGUGUUUAAUUUAAAGGACCGAAUUAAUCUUCCAUUUCCAUUCAUCCAUUCGUUCGCCUGUCCGUUCGUUGUCCGUCCGUCCAUCCGUCCGUCCACCGAUUCACACCGGACAUGCAUGACAAGUGAACGAGCGAAAACAAAAUGAGCGGAGACAGUGAUAAAAAGAAGGCCGGCGAGAUUUCGAAAUCCGCCAACGAAACUGGCUUGGAUUGCGCGACAUUCCCGGAGUUCUGUUUCAUAUAUCCCAUAUCUUUAGAUGUUUUUCCAACGUCAAUCAGAAGUUUUCAAAUACAGACUGACCCGACAGUCAUUGAAAAGGAACCGGUUUUCCUUGUAAAAACAAGUUGAAAAUACAGAAUAAAGAUUUUUUCGUACCCAUGAAGGUCUCAUUUACGAGGAAAGCAGCUUUGGAAGUUGAUUCGGUAUAUAUUGACUCGGUCCAGCCUAUCGAAAUUCGAUACCUGCCAUAAGUUGGGCUCGCGCGUAAACAGCGUAUUUACGGCGCACUGAAAAACAUAUUUUAAUGCUGCAUAUUUUAACCGCCUAAUCCUUUAUACUUGAUAUCCCCCAUAGUUACAGUCGUAUUAAAAAAUAGUCGCGUUUGUACCUGAGAUAAUGCAAAUCUUCAAUAAUGAAAAAAAGAGAUUAAUAAAACAAAUGACGAUAAUAAUAGACAUCUCAGCGACUUCCUCUCAUAAUCUCAUACUCUAAUUUACUAAUUGCAGUUUAUUUACUAACUACUAUGAUACAAUGCAAUCGAUAUUGCGCGUACACGUAUCAAAUUUACGAUGCACAGCGAUCAUUCCGCAUGAAAUUCACGUCGCCGCAUCACCACCGCAGCCAUUCCUCCACCCUUUCGAAAACAUAUUUUCCGAAAGGGUAAAGCUCCCGUACAUCCUUUCCCUAUCUCUUACAAAGAAUUACCCUCCGCCUCCUCCGGCUGAACUCCGAUUUUAGGUCCUGCGGGAAUGCAAGAAGACAGAAAAAGAGAGACAGAAAGCGAGUAUACAAACAUCCUAAUGUCCAUGAUAAAAUAACGAUCGCGACAUUACCGCGCGUCUGCAUCGAGAGCGCAAGAUUUCUCUCUUGCGGAAUGCGGUUCGCACAGGUCACAUUUCUCCGUGGAAGGCAGCCGGAUAACCGGAAUAUUUUCGGCGGCGAUAAACAGCCAUUCGUCGUUCUCCCUUCACCCUGCCCGCCAACGGGAUCGCCUUCGUUUCUUUCACAGAUCCUCCUUCCUCCGGAGAAGGAACGCCUCCCCCGGCGUUUCCCUUUCGAGCGCCGUGGAUGUACGGGUAAUACGGGGGUACGAUCUGACGAAUGUCCCGGAGCAAAAACCCCCUUCGUUACCGGUCCGGACGGGGAUACGUCGCGCAGUCCUUCGUGGAGGAAUAUUAAGUGUACUGCGGCGCUUCGUCGACGCUGGCGUUUUUUCAAAUUUUCCCUUCUUCGAUCAAUCGAAGCGCGGGUAGUUCUUUUUCUUUCCUCCGUCCCCUCCGCCUCCUCAGUGAAAUCUGCGCCGUCGUCUAUCACCGACGAGAACGAGGGAGAGAUACAUUAGAUAGGUAGAUAAAUCCUUAAUACGGCGCGCAGAGAACGGCUUAUGGGCCGCGCAAAAUUGCGGGAAAUGCGAGUGAUACCCGCCCUCUCUACCCCCGACCGCGCCGCACGAGUCGCAAACUUUAGCGAUGCGUGUCGUAUAGCAAAUUUUUCUGGCGAGGGCUUGUACCCCUUGUAUAUUGCGCCCCUUCUUCCUUGAUUGCUUUUAUAUUGCUCGCGAUCCUGGCUUCAUAAAAUGCGUCUAUCAGAUGUAUCUCUCUCGAUCGACUUGCAAAUGUAUACAGCUCUCGCAUUGUUAAAACAAUUUCGUGAUUACAACGUUCAUUCCGCGAUUUCUAAACCUCUGUUGAACGACAGAUACCUUUAGCCUUUAAAACGUGUAGGGAGAAAGAUGGAAAAAUUCUAUUAUUAUUAAAUUGUUAUAAAAGAUAAAUUAAUAUGAAAACAAUUAUUAUAAAAGACAUAUUAAAGUGACGUUUUGUGUAACAGGAAAUAUUGAUUAUGUACGUAGCUAUCAUAGUUAAACGUCGUCUCUCGUGUUUUAUAUUUCCUUUAGUUUCGCUCGCGACCGUCAUAAAUAUUAAUAUGUUCAUAUAAUAUUCAUACACUCUCAUGCUUCUUUUAAUUUUAUUAAUCUACAGAUGGGUGCGCUCCCAUCCGCACGUGUGACCUAAAUGGGCAGGUGGAGUGAAUUUACAUUCCCAAAUAAUUUCGCAAAAAAACUUUCCUUUUAUAAUAUAUAAAACGCUUCUGCAGUAUUAUGCUUUAUCGCAUCACUGCGAAUGAAAUAAGAAAUAUUACUUCUGAAUAAACGCAGAGAUCGUACGAAAAUGAUAUUAAAUCAAAUUCAUCAAAUUUGCGUCUACAUCAUAUUAAAAAUAUAAAAAUAUAAAACAAUCCAGUUUAAAUUGAGUAGAUAUUCUAAAAGAACUAAUAAAUUCAGAGACAACAGAAUUAUCCGCCCGCUAAUUGCGAAAACUCAAAUCGGAGAACUAGUUGGCGGUAUCAGACAGAAAUCAAGGGAGAUAUCACGACGUUUCCGCGACGUUCACCACUAAGAUCGUGAUACGCGCGGGAAGGAUUGGUAAUUCUCUCGUGCCUAAAAUCCUCGAGAAUAUCCGCUUGAGGAUAUCCGCUCGAGGAGGGCCGCGCGGAAAGCUAAACGGCCGGCACACGAGCGAUGCGGGAUUUCCUACCGAAUAUUUUCACGCACGGAUAGCAAUUCGGUGACAGAGGGGGAAGAAAAGCGGGAGGAAAAUGGGGAGAUGGAGAAAGAGGAGAGGAAAGGCUCUUACCUCUUACAUCGAUCGUGAUAAUGCCCGAAAAGCUGACGGUGUCGCGCGUAUUACAACCGCGCGCGGAAUACACGCUUGCGCCCGCGAGGGAACGCGACAGCGGUGAUCGAUGGCGAUCGCCAGGGUGGUGAUUGAGAGGUCUGAUGUACCUUUUUCUCCUUUUCAUGCGCGAUAUGAUUCACGACGGCGCGAUAUCGGCGACGUGCACAUUGAAAGCUUCCCGACCGGGAUAACAGAAAUGGCGCGGGGGUGAAAAAAAGGAAAAAAAAUCUAAAGUGCACUCGAACGUUUUACGAUUCGACAGUCUUGACUCUGUCGCGCUCGCGUUUUCCCUUUACUGCCCAGAAAAUUACCUCACGUGACGGGUUUUCGCAAUACUCGCUACCCUAUACACACUGCCACCGAAUUGUAACGAAACGGCAGCAAGGAAUUUAACGAUUUAUCGAUAUCAAUCGAUACUUUUACACAAUAAUGACAAUUUGUAGGAAAAGGGAACUAUUCAGAUCAUAAAAUGCUUGGAAAUAAAAAUAGUACAUUCGCUUUUAUGUUAGAAUAGUAGAAGUUCAGUUCAGCACUUUAUGAUCGGCAAUCCGAAGGAUCCACGCUUCACGCUACCCCACAGUGGGCCAGGAGACCAGGAAAAGUGGCCAAAAGUCAGUUCCAGAGAUGAGAUCAACGUUAUAAUAUUUUUCGUAAAUAUAUUCUGCAAUAGCCAGAAAAAUGGAUUUAUUAAGCAUUAUCAUAUCUGUAUUACAAUCAUCGCAGUCUUCUCUAAAAGAGGGCAAUAGAUUUAUGUACACGUACACAUUUAUUAAGUGUUCGCAUAAUACAAUGCAUUUCCGUCGUCUCAUGCCAACAAGAGUAUUAAUAAAUAUGUAUUAUGUUUUAUUAAAAAUGUUCCAACAGUUGUCCUCAAUCGAACCAGAUCAUCAGGUCUCACAUACUUAAUAUUCUUUUUCGCCGAAAUGUAUUAGCUAUAUAUUACGAUUCGGCAAUUAUCGAAUCGGCCGCAAGGUAUUUAUGUGAGGACUCUGAAAUCGUAAGUAAAAUAACACCAAAUAUAUCAUAUAUACUAUACGUUUGAUUAACGAAUAAACAAGUUGUUUCAAAAUUUUAAGAUUUUGAGUUAACUUGAGAUAUAAAGAUCAUUUGUAAAGAUGUCCACAUUCACCAAAAAUGAAAUUCUACAACAAAUUUCAAAUUCCCGUCAAAUAGAUUUGGGUGUACAAUACAUUUUGGCGAAAAAGAAUAUUAAUAUUAAGGAGGUGAGACCUGAUGAUUUGGCUCGAUUGAAGAAAGCUGUUGGAACACUUUUAGCAAAACGUAAUAUUAAAUAUAAAGCCGCUAAUUGAAUGAAAGAGAGAUUCGAGCAACAAAAUAGCGAGUGGUUAAAUUCCGAGUUUCAUAUUCCCAUUAUUAAUACUGACAUAAAUGUUAAGGCACCUUCUGAAACGCGCAUUGGUUGUCCUUCUGUGGAAUUUAACCAGAAAUCUAAACGAUCGCAACGACGAGAAGUUGCUGAGAUUAGUGCCCAAUGCAAACAUAAUCCUCUGCGAAUUAUAAUGGCAGGUCGCUAUGCAGCAAGGCAAUGUGGGCAGAAAGACUUAUAUAUAAUUCUACGUAAUCUUUUGAAAAGUUUUGAACAUCCAAAAAAUAAUGUAAAAUUGCUAGAUUUACCAGCAUCUGUAAUUGUUAAGAAGACUCCUGAAGAAGGCUUGGCGUUUAUUUUAGACAAUUGUCUUUCUAAAAGUGUGUAUGCGAAUAUACGCCUAGCAUCAAAAUCUUCCGGAACUGAUAUUUGGCCAUCAUAUAAUAAUGUUAGGGAUAUUAAAGCACAAUGUAGGCCAUCAAAGGAAGCAAUUACAAUUUGUGAAAAUGUAGCUGAAGUUUCUGUUCAGGCACUCUUAAAUCAUACUGUCAAACGAAUUGUUGACUUACAAACAGAAUUAAUACUUGCAACUUUGCAAAAAAGUGAUUGUACGGAAAUUGAGGCCGUCUUUAUUUGCUCCUGGGGAUUUGACGGAAGUACCGGUCAUUCCAUGUAUCAACAACGAUACCAAGAUGCAGAAGAUGCAAACGAUGAAAGUUUGUUUGCAACCACUUUGAUCCCACUGCAACUAUCAACAUCUACUGGUCUUAUAUUAUGGAAUAACCGAACGCCACAGUCUGCCAGAUAUUGUCGUCCGAUCAAGCUCCAGUUCGUUAAAGAAUCACGCGAUGUAAUUGUGGCGCAAAAGUUUUGUAUUGAACAGCAAAUAGCAAAAUUGCAAGUAUUCGAGAUUAUGCUACAAAAUUUUAGUAUAAAAAUACAUUUUUCUCUAUUUUUAACUUUAAUCGAUGGCAAAGUCUUAAACACUCUCACGGAUACGAAAUCGAUGCAGACUUGCCCCAUUUGUCACGCAACUCCUAAGCAAUUCAACGAUCUUUCGAACAAAAUGAACGGAUUAUUUCUACCUGAUCCCAAUUCAUUGCAGUAUGGAAUUAGCCCGUUACAUGCAUGGAUUAGAUUUUUCGAAUGUUGUCUGCAUAUAUCGUAUAGAGUUACAAUAAAAAAAUGGCAAAUAAGAUCUGAUGAAGACAAACUUGAAUUUACUAAAAGAAAAAAACAUGUUCAAGAUCUUCUCUGGAAAAAGCUGAGUUUGAAAGUAGAUGUACCCAUGUCAGGCGGAAGUGGAACCAGUAAUAAUGGGAAUGUAGCUCGUCGAGCUUUCGAAGACGCUGAUCUUUUUGCUCACUGUCUCGGAUUAGAUAGUGAACUUAUUCGGAAGUUUAAGAUUAUUUUGAUUGCCCUAUCUUGUCAUCUGCCACUCGAUCCGAUCCGUUUUGACGACUUAUGUAGUUCUACUUCUGAGCUAUAUGUUGCUUCUUAUGCUUGGUACCCGAUGCCAUCUACUGUCCACAAAAUUUUGAUUUAUGGGGCUCAAAUCAUUUCUACAAGCAUAUUACCCGUAGAAAUACUUGGUGAAGAAGCAUCAGAAGCCAGGAAUAAGAAUUGUAAAAGAUAUAGAGAGUGUCAUAGUAGGAAGCACAGUCGUCUGGCAAAUAUGGAAGAUAUGUUCUACAGAGUAAUGGAUACGUCAGAUCCAAUUAUAUCAAAUAUCAGCCUUAAUAAUCGUCUUAAUAAGCAAAAACGAUUACCUUUUUCGCAAGAUGUAAUACGUCUGUUUCUAAUACCUAAAAUAGACGAAACUAUCCAUCCUGAUAGUGAAGAAUUAGAAGAUUGCACUGGUUUUAAUGAAAUUAUUUCCGUCUUAGACGAAGCGGUAUUAUCUACAGAAGAAUAGUUUAUGCACCCCGAAUAGUGAGAGGCGAUUACAAAAAGUAUCUUAAAAAAUCCACUGCAAACUUUCGCAGACACUGGAUAUUUUUUUAAAACUAAUUGCAGGCGUUCUAUUCGGCAAGUGUGACUUUACGAUUUCCUGAAAAUCAAUUUCUAUACAAAACGACUAAUUUUUAUAAAGUUCAGUCGCCAUGUUAGAUCCCCCAUUUUGAAUUUUGAAUUUUUGACAUCAUAUUCGUUAUUAGCGACCUCAAAAACCCCCAUAUAUCCAGUUUCAUUAAAACUGACCAAUUUUUAUUAAUUUCAGUCGCCAUAUCGGAUCCGCCAUUUUGAAUUUUUAAAUUUAGGCAUCAUAUUCGUUAUUAGUGACCACAAAAACCCCUAUAUCUCAAGCUUUAUAAAAAUCCGACAAAACCUUGAAUUUUGGCCACUUUUCUUGGUCUCCUGGCCCACUGUGUACCCCCUUAAAAAGUGCGCAACUCCUCUCAUGGAAUAACGCGAACGCGCGAGAGAAACUUUCACUGUAAAUGUUCCUCGUCGAGCGUUGUUAUUCUGCUCGAUGUCUUCGAGAGAUUAUAGUGCGGGUCAGACACUCGCCCUUCAUACUCGCGGAGUCCGAGCAGCUGUUCUUGUUCUUAAAAAAAUACAUUCUUGUUCUUGAAAAAAUAAUCAACUUUGUCUCGUUACCGCACAUCGAACCCACAGUAUUUUCAAGAUUAGUUGUAUGACAACUAAUAUUAAUUAGUCACCAAAUCGAACGAGCAAGAUACGUAGAAAUGUUCCCGUAGUAAAUCACGUCUGUGACGGGCAGCGCGGUGGCACGAUAGUCACAUAUUCCUUUACUUUAAGCUUCUACCUGAGGACAAAAGUCUGGCCUCGCGAUCAUAACGGAUAAGAGAGAUAAAGAGAGACAAAGGGAGAAAGAGAGAAAGAAAGGACGAGAAAACGAGCGGGACGAACUGUGAGUUUUAUGAAUAUAUCAUGAGGUCGAGGUAUCUCCCGGAUCGUGCACGUAGCUCGUCGUCCGAAAUCUGCAUACGGCCUCCCGGCGCAGCAUCGAGGCAUUGAAGGAUGACUGCCGGCAGUCCGGACAAGAAAAGAGAGAAAGAGACGGAGAGCUCGUCGCUGCAACGUAUUCCCGUUAGAGGAAAUUGAAAAGUCCCGACCGAAAUUGCACGCCUGAAUUGCACGCCCGAAUUGCGCAUGUACAUACCUACGGACCUACAUACGCGAGAAAAACGCGCGACGCGAAUCAACGGUCCAUAAAUCUGCGCGGAUCGUAAUCGAUCUCUGAUCCGGAACCAGCGCGUGAUCGACCUGAUUUGGUUCGUUAUCGCGAUCGUCAUUCUCGGAUGAGUUUCAUCGCCGCCACAACAACGGCAACCGCCGGUUCUUGGACCACCGAGAACCAUCGGGUGCGAAGCGAAUGCAAAUGGCACCAAGUUUGCCGUGCAAGUGUGUUUCGCGGCCGCGAUGUUUGUCGACUUCGGCUCCAUAUCGAAUAUUCGAUACCUCGAGGGAACACGUUAGGUGCCGUUCGAUCAAAUACUCCCGUUGUUCGAAAGUUACACUUAUUGAUCAGCAAUUUCGAAGGCUUUCGGCGUUUAACACCGACAAACCGCCGCGCCGGUAACAUGGGGUCGCUUCGAACGAGCGUUCGUUAUUUCAUUAAAGAGACGAGUUUUUAACGAGUACGCGGAUUUUCUCAAUUUUCGAGCAUAGAGCCGCGCGGAAUUCACUGCGCCUGAAAUUCCGCAGCGUGCCUAAUGUCGAAACUACCGAUGUUAUCCUACAAGUUCCCUCGACUGGCUCUCCUGUUGAGAUAAAAUUGAUAAAUUUUGUAUCUUUGUAGCGCACGAGUACCCAAAUGCUAAAAAUAAUACUUUAUUAUUAUUUCAUAUUAAUAAAAUGUCAUAUUUAGAUUUUUGAGAAUAAAUAAUACUCGAUGUGCAUGAGAGACAUGUUUAAAUGUAUAUCUUGAAUACAUACAUACGGAAAUACUUAAUUUAUUUCGCGAAUUCUCGUAAACUCAUUCAUAAAUUUAUAGGCCGUCAAAUGUAACAGUCUCAAUUAUCCGGAUUAAUAUUAAUUAUCAGUUUUUGUGAUAUUCACGUGCGUGCUCACGUUUCGCGGCUGCGACAGCAUUCACACGGCAUUAUUCACAACGUUUUGCAUUCAAACACCUCACGUCGUGUCACGUGCUCCCAUGAUCACGUGUGAUCGUAAUUUAUGAAGCAGUACAAGCAUCGAAAAUGCAUUCGAAAAGUGGUCCGAUUAGUGACGGCCGUUUAAUCGCACUUCUCCGCGCGCAAUAUUGCGCACAAACAAACGAAUAUACCAGCAGUGCUCAAACCGGCAUGUAAAAUUAAAUCUUCGUCCAUACGGCUCUAAAGGACCAACUGCCGAUUCGCGAUUAAUAUUGAUGAAUCCGCAUUAUUUGCAAUUCCACCACAUUAGAGUAUUUUACGCGUCAAAGGCGCCAGAUUAAAAUUUCACAUUAUCGCGCGAUCGCGUACUAAUUAAACAACAUAUAUAUCGCGCUACCAAGCAAUAACGAUAAUAAUUGGCUCGACUGUAAGCCGAUUACCGCGAUAUACACGCGAACGCCUGCUCACUCGGCCGCUCUUGCGUUCCUUUUAUUACGAUACCAAAAAAUUAUGUGGUCGUCCAAAUGGGGAUAUUAAAGAGCGCACCCAUCCAACCUCCUCCCCAUUAACGGCUCACUCCACCAACCUCCACCGCUGCGUAAAAGUAUUAAGCUUUUUUACAUUAAUGGAAUUAUUCUAUAAGGAACAUCUCCUCUCUUCCCGCAUUUUCAUAAGCUAAUGAAAAUUAACCCCACGGGUGUUGCAAGAACGACUUGAUAUUCCGACAACCAAGAACACGGCGAGAUUAAAAAUCAUUGCGCGUUUCGACGACGCGCGCCUGUUCUUUGCGAUUCGUGGUCGGCAGAUUAUCAGUCGCGUGAGAUGCGAGACAAUCCAGAUUUGCCAGACACGUAAGGGGAUGAACGCCUUUUAUAUCGAUAAACCGAGGAACGCUGUUGCGCCGUCGCACGAUAUAUGGGACAUCAAAAGCGUCAGCGGACGGUUUUGCAGAUAGCCCAGGCCGGAGCGCCUUAUCCGCGUGUAAGUACCGCGUUAUCGUUAUUGCGUGAUACCUCGAGGAUCAGAGUCAUGCAGUGCGUGAAAUUAAUGCAUUAAUUCGCAGCCUGUAACGUCCAGCAACGCGGCAAACGACGAAGCGUUCGGAGAGUCGAAAGUGAUUUCUUCUUAAAGCGGCACUGAUUUAAUUAUUCGCGUACCGAGCAUGUGUACGUUUGUGCAGCGAUUCUACUCAUCAAUCAGUACCAAUUUUCCACGAUUAUAUCUCCUCAACAUAUUGCUUCCUGCAAAUAAGGGGAGACACAAAGGGGCUAUGAACACGAUCCACGGCGACGACUCGCACCCUUGCGUGAUCUCGUCGAAGGGUGCGAACAACUCGUAUGGAAGGGAAUGUCACGGUCAUCAGGGCUCGAAACGAAUCGAGGCAGUAUAGCGCGAAAUAAUGGAAAAUAACCGCAGUGAUAAGCUUUAUCUUACGCUCCUUGAUCUUUUCUUAAUGCGCCGCGCGCGUGCACUUUUGUAUUUAUUUCUAAGCAACGCAAAGUUCAACUUAAAAUCAGAUUCGCGUAUCGUUUACGUUGUGACAGAGUAAGUUUAUUCCCCCAACGUCAACGUGAUCCGGCUCGUCGGAAGCUUAUAUAACGAUAGGAAAAUUUUAAAUAUUUUAUGUUAUAUUUUUCAUGGAUAUUAUUGAAAUGAUCAGAGCUAUUGAUAUUGUUAGAAUUAUUAGAAAUUAUCAUUACCUACUGAAGCUAUUGCAUGAAUUUUGAAAUUAUUAUAUUAUAUUAUUGGAUUGU